AGAUAUUUAUUACAACAUUAUUAUAAAGAAAUGUGUAUGUGACGUCCUGUGUCACACAUACACACACACACAUUUUUUGCCUUUCCCCUCUAGUACACGAAAAGGGAAAUCCUAUGCAGUCAAUGUUCAUAAGCAAUGAAUUCCGUCACCUUCCCACCACAGGAAACCUCUUGUCUAAGGCACCUUCAUUCCCUGGUUGUGCACAGCUCCCCAAGGCAGCUGAUUUCCAAAGUUGUGCAUUGCCCACUGCAAGAACCUUCUUUCUUCAAGCCAAAUUCCACCCUCUUGGACAUUAGUUAUUUUGUUUUAGAUUGAGAUCACACACCUACCACGUGAUGUGUUUAGAAGACUACCAGCACUCCCUUACUCCUCACAACAACCUGAGAGUAAUCCUAUAAUCCCUUACCCACAGUUCCAAAAUAAAAAAAAUCUCUGAAGAAACAAUAUUUUUUGUUAUAACUUUGGUCCAAAACCUAACCUGAAACAUCACAAUGGUAUUUACAGUAUUUAUUUAUCUCACUUGGUGUGAAUAUUCAUACAUUUAAGUUCAGAAAUAUUGAUGUGUUCGAUUAUAGGGCACUGCCCUAAACCUCUCUGGGGUACUCCUUUAUAUAGGAUAAAGGCACUAUAUUCCCUUUCUAAAAUUCUGACAUCCAAAACACAUCUAUCCCUAAAGGUUUCAAAUAAGGGAUUAGGGCCUUGUACAGUUAUCCCUGUAGCCUAAGAGAAGUGAAGAGACUUGUUAGGGCUCUUUAUCCCUCCAAAAGUUCUAUCAACACUAUGCUAUAGUACCCUGGAGGUUCUUGCGGAGAACCCCAUGUUCCCUAAAUAACAGCCCCUGCCUGUUUUGUUCCUCUCAUGUUCUUUAGUCCAGUCACCACUCAAAUAUGUUGCAGAUGAUCUGUCCACGGAAACCCCGGAAUGUGCCACACUGGAGGCAACCCAAUGGGCAAGCUAUGGCCCAAACAGCCCAGCCCUUAGGCUCAUCGACUCCAUCCAGAACUCAGUUGUCAUCUGUUUUCCUUCAGCAACUUUCAAUCCUCGGACUCUAUGAGCCAAAGGGAAAGAGUCUCAUUUAAUGUCAGGGUAGGGCAAUGUGGAAUGCAGGGAGCUUAAAGAAUCAUGAUCAUCAGCAAAAGAGAUGACAGUAUGGGCUUCUGCCUGAGAAGUUCAUCUAUACCCAAUUUCCCUCUCUUAACCUCCUCUAUGAAAAUCUGAAAAAGAGAUCCUCUUCACAUUUCACAAACAGCCCAUCAUCCCUAUCCCUACCCCAUCCACCUCCUUCUCAUUCUGGAAUCCCCUUAGGAUAUGGAUGUACGUCAUCCCCUGCCCAUGUUUAUCAGUAACUUUCAUAUCUGUACCUUUGCAUUUCUGCCUCCUUGCACUGUCUGUUUGCCCCAUGUCUGUGUCCCUUGUCCUGGUGUCUCUCUGCUGUCUACCUCAUUUAGGAUUCCUUUCUGGAGGGAACAGAAGUGCCAACCAUACUACAUCAGAUGACCUCUCCUGGUGUAGGGCUAGGAGGGCACUAGAGGAAGAAAUUUGGUUUUGCCUGCCCUGACAAGAAGCUUGGGGUUUCUGGUUUGGCUAUUGCAGUUCUCUUAUCCUACCUGCUUCCUUUUUACUAAAUGACUUUGCACAUCCACUGAGCAGGCGCCCUCCCACCAUACACUCAGGGAACAGAAGGGAUACAGCAAUUUCUUCCUUUACCAAAAAGAACUACCAUUCAAAUUUUAGUUUAAAAAAGCUGGAAUCAGGCCGACUUGGAUUUGAAUCCCAGACUGCCAUUAACUCACUGUAUCCCUUGCACUAAUCUACUUAACCUCUCUGAGCCUGUUAAUUCACUUGUAAAAUGAGGAAAUAAUAGUACCUACUUCAAGAAGUUACUAAAAGGAUUAACUAGGAUAAUGGAUUCAAAGUGUUUGGCACAGCCCCUAGCACACAGGACUUCAACAAAUAUCUGAUUUCAGUUCCUCUCCUGGAGCAAUCCCAUGCCCACAUCAAAUCUUUGCUUAAACACCUAGCACCCAUACCAUUAGCUCCGUCUAGAGAGACUUACCCUCCCCUGAGGCCAGUUACAUCAUGUAGGACCAUUCCUUGUGCCACCUCAGCCAGCUCAGACUAUGGCCAACUUCAUGGGACAGCCCUACAUGCUGGGCCAGGGAUAGGAAAGGAUGCUCCCCAUACAGAAGUGGUCUUCCUAGGAACACAGGAGAUUCUCCAGAGGGACUCAAGAGAACUCUUUAGACAGAUAAGAGGCAGAGUGGAAGCUACUAGAAAGGCUCCACAGAGUGGCUCUUCCCCAAGGAAAAACCACUGUUCUCCAGCAAACACCAGGUUGAGAUCUCUGAACAGAGACACAAAGGGAAAUCACACAUAGAUUAGGGCUGCAGCAGGAGAGAGCCAGCUACACACAGAUCAGCCUAGGUCAGGGAGUGGUACAUGAAAAAAAAUUUCCUCAAAUUUACCUGGGUAAUUCUGGCUUCCUAAAAGUCCUCUCCAGUUACUAAGGCAACAUUACCCAAUUAGAUUCUUAACCUCCACACUGCCACCACUCAUAAGGCAUCCUCCUACACACACACCUGGUUUUCAUUGCAAUUGUAACCCACUCAUUAAUAAUGUGUUUCAAGUUAGGCUACACAUCAGAACUGCCUGAGGAGCUUUUAGAAAUCCUGAUGCCUAGGCAUACUCCAGACCAAUUAAAUCAGAAUCCCUGGGGGUAGGAUCCAGGUAUCUAUAGUUUUAAAAGCUCCCAGGUAAUUCCAAAGUAUGACCAAUGUUGAGAAUUACUGCUUAUUUCUCAGUCUAAGUCCUGUUUUAUACUUCUCCCAUGUCCUUCAGGACCCUUACCUAACCUCACAAAGAAGUCAUCAGCAGCUGAUAAUACAGCACAGCAAAUUGCUUCAGGAGACUGCUGAAGGGGGAAGCCUGAUUCUGCUUCCUUAAAGAACUCAGACCAAGAAAUAAGAGCAUACACACACACAUGGACUCACACAAGCACACACAUAUACAAAUCCACCCAAACACACCUGCAUUCCUCUCCCCUAAGGAAGAGAAUGGGUAAGUCACUCGAGAGCCUGGACUCAGGCUGUGGGCAUAGUGAGGCUAGUAGAGUGACUGUCCUCUCCCCACCCAAGGCCCCAUUAUCUACAGGACCUCUAUGACCUCAUGUUGUAGUAGGUCAAAGCCUAAGGCCUGGGUCCUCACCUCCCUGGGCAGCUUGGGGUUCCUGCAGCAGCCACUGCCCUGCCUAACCCCUCUCACACCCCACCAUGUUGGUUGGUACCCCCCACCUGCUGACACUGGAUGAAGCUGAUGCCACCUGGACCCUCAUCAAGGAUAAAGUUAUCGAGGAGCGCUUUGGGCCCAAUGUAGUGGCAGUACCUUUCCUGUCGGAUGCGGCCUGCUAUGACCUACUGGGUGUGCUAGUGAAGCAGUCCCGCCCAGCCCACACCCGCCUGGCUUUACCAGGUCGGCAGGGUCGGCGGGCACUACAACCAGUGGGGCCACUACCAAACCUCCUGGAGCAGGCAGGGUCCGAGGGUGCCUUUGCCCACUGCACUCGGGAAUACUCACCAAAUGGCCGAGCAGAGAUAACCUAUGAAGAAAUGCGACUUUUGGAAGGGCACCCCUGCCGGAUCCGCCUGCACAUGGGUGGCCUGCGUAAGAAGGUGGCCUUCCUGCUGCUGCCACCAGGGCAGGUGAGCCUACAGCAAAAUCUUCCCUGGCUCCGAAGCACCCACAGCAUCUAUGUCAUCUACCAGGUCUUCUCCUGUUCCUGGCUGCAGCUGGGGCUGGUACCUACAGCCCGUGAGCCCCAGCUGCUCCGGUUACAACGGUCACUGCCUGUCGCCUUCUCCUGCCUCAAGUUUUCACUGCAGCCCAAAGGAGUGCUGGGACCACAGAAGCCUCUGACCAAAGAUCCACUGCCCCAUGGUGCCAACUGGGUCAGACCCAACCUCGGCAUCAUGCCACCUCUGGCCCUCACAUCAGUCGCUGCCAAUACCCCUGAAGCUGCUGAUGUGCCCCCACCUGUCCCAGGCCCACCUACACCACCUCCUCAGGAAGGGCCGGAGGGCAGACCCACCAGAUUCUCCUACAAGGGCCGAAACCCCUUCCGCAGGGGGCCCCAGAUGUUGUCAGAGAACUGGCUCUUCAGCCCCCGCAGCCCCCCACCAGGAGUCCAGGGUGGGGGACCCGGGGACCCCGACCGGCACUCCAUGUCCCUGCCCCUGCUGCAGGGUCUGUCCUCAGAGUUCGACAGCGACGCAUGAAGCUGAAGCGAGAAAUGCAGGGGGCGAGGCCCCCAAGAUCUGGCAUAGGGAUACUGGUCCCCAAUAAACAUCAGCUGCUGCUGCCCAAAA